AUGUCUCGAAUGAACUCUAGUGCUUUGUGGGAGUUUUUUCAAAAACUGGAUAAUGAAAAAAAAGCGAAAUGCAACAGUUGUGGAGAAGUUUAUAGCUUCAAAACUUCAACUGCGAAUUUGAAAACACAUUUGAAGCGAAAACACCUCCAUGCGUAUACAUGCAUUUGUACUGUGCAAUCAACGGCAAGGACCCCAGAACAAAGUCGUGGGCAGGAACCCCCAGGUGAUUUCCAACCUCAGCCCUCGUUGUCCAGCUCCAAUGUUGCGUCAGCUUCUACGUCUACUGCUGCAAAUACCAUACCCAUAUACCGGCCUGCGCAACAGCGCAUUGAUAGCUACGGAAUUAGAAAAAAAGUAACAAUAACCAAAAAAAGACAAAUUGAUAAUGACCUUGCCAAUUUAUUUAUAGACAGCUAUCACCCUUUCUCUUUAGUAGAAGAACGUGCCUUUAAAAAAUUUGCUCGACAUAUACCUGGGUACGAGUUACCAUCACGAAAAACUGUCUCUAACAUUAUAAUUCCCACAUUAUACGACCAAACAGUUCUACGAAAAAAAGAAGAAAUAAACGAUAUUGAAUUUCUAUCUCUAACAACAGAUUUAUGGACGUCUCGGGUCAAUGAUGCUUACAUUGCUGUUACGGGGCACUAUAUAACAAAAGAUCUUGUUCUUAAAACAUUUUUAUUAAAAUGUGCCGAGUUUAAAGAUACGCACAGCAGUGCGAAUAUUCAAGCUGCAUUGCUAGAAACUACCAACGAGUGGAAUGUAACAAAUAAAAUAAAUUUUAUUGUUAGUGACAACGCAGCUAACGUCAAAAAAGCCAUAGCUGAUAUAGGGUGGAAGCAUUAUGGAUGCUAUGGCCAUACGUUGAACUUAAUAGUGGAAGAUGCCCUAAAUUUAGUCAAAGCUUCUUUGGAUAAAGUUAAAACGAUCGUUCGACAUUUUAAGAUAAGUACAGCAGCCCUAGAAAAAUUAUUAAAAGCGCAAUUACAGGAAAAGCCUGACAUAGUACCGAAGCGCUUAAUACAGGAAGUACCAACUAGGUGGAACUCUACGUUUGCUAUGUUACAACGAUUUGUUGAACUAGAAAAUCAAAUAUGUGCCACUGUUGCAAUUCUUAGAAAAGAUUUACCAAUCUUAACUGUCGAGGAAUGGGCAUUAUUUCACGAACUGUGCAAAGUUUUAAAACCUUUCGACGAAGCUACGAAAGCUAUGAGUGGUGAAGAUUAUAUGACAGCUAGUACCAUCAUAGUCAUGACACGCUGUCUUAGAGAAUCGUGUAACCAACUGCUUCUGGAAGACUUUAAUGUUACAACAAAUAGUGUAAUUACAGCACUUCGGACAGGCUUAGAUAAAAGAUUAGAAGGUGUUGAGAGAAGUGGCACGUUCUCGAUAUGUACAAUUUUAGACCCAAGGUACAAAAUUAAUGUGUUCUCUGACACAAAUGAGGCAGCAAAAGCAAAGAAAAUGCUGGAAGAGAUACUUGCAAGUGAUAUUAGACGGCGACGACAUGGAGAGAACCAACAAUCCACUUCAACCCCAGCUUCCAUACCGGUACGAGAUAAAUUUUCACCAUGGUCCAUUUUAAACAAUAUUGUCGGGUCGCAGCAGCAGCAAGUAGGCACACCUUUGUCGUGUGCCAUCAAGGAAGUAGACUCUUACUUAAAAGAUAAUAUUCUACCUAUGUUUAACGACAGUGGGAAAUUUAACUGUCCCUUGCAAUGGUGGCAACAUAACCACCACAUUUAUCCUAACCUUGCCAUACUUGUACGCAAGUAUGGCAACAUAAUGGCAACUUCAGUUCCGUGCGAGAGGAUAUUCAGCAAAACUGGGCUUACGAUUAAUAACCGCCGCACACAAUUGAAGACACACAAAGUUGCCCAAUUGAUGUAUUUAAAUGUUAACUUAGAUCCAAAAAGAUUUUUGACGGAGUCAUGA